GUACACACACAUAUACACAGUCGUCUUUUCACACUUUCGUGAAGACGUUAAAGAAUACGAAAAUGGCUUGUUCUGCCGUACGCUCACCUAUUCUCCGUAAUUCGACGGUGAGACAUUAUGCAACUGCCACUGCCGCCCAGGCUUGCUCCUCAACCAAUCUUGAAUCUAAAACAUUAAAUAAUAAAGUUUUUGCAGUAGCUCUUGAGAAUAAUAGUCCCAUAUCACAAAUUUCUAUUGUUUUCAGGGCUGGCCCACGUAAUGAAACUUAUCACAAUCAAGGUAUUAGUCAUCAUUUGCGUAUUUUAGCUGGUUUGACAACAUGUCGUUCCAGUUAUUUUGCUAUAACCAGAAAUAUACAGCAACUUGGAGGAAAUAUAAUUGCUACCAGUGAUCGUGAAAGUAUUGCCUAUACGUUGCAAGUUACACGAAAUAAUUUGAAUGAAGCUUUAAGAUUUUUAGAAGAUGUUGCUACACAACAAGUAUUUAAACCAUGGGAAAUACCAGAACAAUUACCUAGAUUACGUUACGAGUUAUCAACAAUACCUGAAACUACUCGUGUACUUGAACUUCUUCAUAGAGCUGCUUAUCGUACAGGUCUUGGCAAUUCUUUGUUUUCUCCAAAGCGACAAGUAGGACGAAUUAAUUCAGAAACUUUACAACAUUUUGUUAAUACAUGGUUUACGGGAUCAAGAUGUUCUGUUGUUGCAACAGGUGCCCCAUUUUCGGAAAUAUGUUCAUUAGCUUCAAAUUUAAAUGUAAAAUCAGAUAAUACUCAGGAUAUACCUACAAAAUAUCAUGGAGGAGAACUUCGUAAAGAACGUAAUUCGUCAACAGCCACUGUAGCAGUAGCUGUAGAAUCUACAGGUUUAAACAAAGAAAAAGAUGCUUUAGCAUUAGCUGUACUACAAAGAGCUAUUGGUACUGGACCACAAGUGAAAUGGGGAUCCAGCAUGAGUCCAAUUUACAAAAGUGCGUCUAGUGCAGCUGGUAAACAAACAUUUGCAAUAUCUGCCUUAAAUGCUGUUUACUCCGAUUCUGGUCUAUUUGGUUUUAUUUUCUCCAGUGAACCUAGUAUUGCUGGAUCGUUAACAACAUGUGCCUAUAAAUGGUUAAAGUCUCCCCAAUUAUCAGAUGCUGAUAUUUCUCGUGGUAAAAAUAUAUUGAAGGCUGACAUAUUAUAUUCUACUGAAAAUGAACCCGGAUUAUUAGAAAUUCUUCAACAGCAAGCCUUACAUAAAGGCACUGUUUAUUCUCCAAAAGAAAUAGUCGCAAACGUAGAUAAAAUCACUGCAAACGAUGUUAAAAGUAUUGCUGGAAAGUUAGGCUCAGGUAAAACAACUCUAGCUGCGAUCGGUGAUAUUUGCAGUGUUCCAAAUUUAGAUGAGUUGAGUUAGAUGCUAAGUCUAACAUUCCUACAAAAUUAGUGUCAAUUGUUAAUAAACAUCAAUUUAUAAUUAAGCGAUGGAACGAUAUUAUCAGUGCUUACAAAAAUCAGUAUAUACAUGAUCCAUUGCAGUUAUAACGUGUAAUGUUUCUGUACAUACCAAAUAAAAAUAAAAACUGCUAUUCUGUUUGA